AGAAGGAUACAGAUGCUGGAAUAACGUUACUCGCUGUAGAAUUGUGUGAUUUCUUUGCAUUGUUGAAGAACAGCUGUGGUGUCGUUGAUAGGAGACAAGAUGCCGCAGCCUAAAUCUCGGAAGAUAGCCGUGCUGGGUUACAGAUCUGUAGGGAAGUCCUCUUUGACAAUACAGUUUGUGGAAGGACAGUUUGUGGACUCGUAUGACCCCACCAUAGAAAACACAUUUACUAAAAUGAUCACAGUCAAUGGCCAGGAGUACCAUCUGCAGCUGGUUGACACAGCAGGACAGGAUGAAUACUCCAUUUUUCCUCAGACCUAUUCCAUAGACAUCAAUGGUUACAUUUUGGUGUAUUCUGUUACGUCAAAUAAAAGUUUUGAAGUAGUAAAAGUUAUUCAUGAAAAACUGCUGGAUAUGGUGGGCAACGUACAAGUACCAAUAAUGCUGGUGGGAAAUAAAAAAGAUCUACACAUGGAACGUGUUAUCAGCUGUGAAGAAGGCAAAGCAUUGGCAGAAUCAUGGAAUGCAGCGUUCAUGGAGUCCUCUGCUAAAGAGAACCAGACUGCAGUAGAGGUGUUUAAAAGGAUAAUCUUGGAGGCAGAGAAGAUGGAUGGUGGAGCCCCUCAGGGUCGGACAUCCUGCUCUCUGAUGUAGAUUGCCCUACUUGCCCACCCUGCACAGUGAAGGACACACACAGACCUUUUUGGAGAACAUAUUUCAAUCAGUUAUGUAAUUAGGGGAGAUAUAAAAGUAGUUUUUUUGUUAGGACAAGGGGUUAGUCGUUUUAGUACUGGAAUUAACAGGGUUAAGCACAGCUAAUGCUAAAGGUUUACCAGAAAAGUCUGUUUGAAGUCCAGCCUCCUACAGCCCCCUGCCUCACCACAACACUGGACACUGGGAAAUCCCUCUACUUGAAGUGGCUAACUGCCUGUUUCCUCCAUAGAAAUUUUAACUUUUUCUUUUAUAACUGCUUUUUUAUACUUCAUUUCAUUUUAAUUUUUGUUGUAUAUUUUUUAAACAUUAUUUUGAAAGAUACAUAGAAAUCCUGUAAAAUAACUGCAACCACACUUAUCUUUUAUUUAAGUUCUGUUUUCAUACUGUUCUUCCUCCAGCUAGCCAUUCCUCUACCUGAUUACUAUCAAGCCAUACUGUCCACCUCACACCUCCCUCAACUUUUUUUACCCUCCCUGUUUCCUCUCAAACCUGAAUCAAUUUGUAUAUUGUAUUUCUUAAACAGUAAUUAUGGCCAAUAAAGUUUCCAGCAUUCAUUCGGCUCUGUAAUGAAUGAUGUAUAACUUUUUUGAUUGUAAUCAUUAAAUGCAGCAUUUUGUUUCACUACA